AUGGCGACAAAGAAACUGAUUGUUAUCAUUGGGGCAACGGGAAACCAGGGCGGCUCAGUCGCUCAAGUUUUUCUGCAGGAGCCGCAAUGGCGUGUCCGCGCAGUCACCAGGAACCCUGCCAGCGCAAAAGCUCAAGCCCUGGCUGCCCGCGGCGCGGAGGUUGUCCAAGCAGACUUGGAUUUGCCAUCUACGCUCUCUUCGGCCUUUGAGAACGCGAACGUCAUUUUCGCCGUCAGUGACUUCUGGGGUAUACUCGGUGAUCCUGCCAACACAGCCAAGGCGAAGGACCAGCCGCUCAAUGUCUGGGCUGCUAACCAUGAGACCGAGCAACUGAAGGGCGUUAUUGAUGCUGCCGCAAAGGUACCUACGCUGGAACGCUUCGUGUUAUCGUCUCUUUCCGACGCGACGAAGUGGUCUAGGGGAAAGUACACGCACGUCUAUCAUUUCGACUCGAAGGCCAAGGCAGAGGCGUACGCAAGAGAAACCUAUCCUGAACUUUGGAAGAAGACCAGCGUCUUCCAGGCGGGGUUCUUCCUGAGUAAUUACGUAUCACUUCCGGUCUUCCAGCCCCAGAUGACAGCGAACGGUGUAGCCCAGUUCGUGGGGCAGCUAGACCCAGACCUUAAACUGCCUUUCAUCGCCGCGGAAGAAGACACUGGACCAAUUGUGAAGGCCCUUGUGCAAGAAGCGGCUGGGAAGAACGUCAUUGCCUAUAGAGAGUGGAGCUCUUUACGCGAGCUCUCAAAGGCAUUUACGCAGGCCACCGGGAUCAAAGCAGAAUGUAUUAGGCUGGAAAAAGGACAAUCGAACCUUUCCCUCCCGCCUGAGCUCAGUCGCGAAUUAGAUGAGAAUUGGGCUUAUUGCAAUGAGUUUGGAUACGAGGGCCGAGAUGACCCUACAAUCAUCCACCCCAAAGACUUGGAUUCGCCCCCUCAGUUGGACAGUAUAGUAAAUUACUUCAGGAAGCAGGACUGGUCCACACUCUUCACACAAGAGAAGUAG